AUGGGUAUCACCCCAGGAGAAUCGACCCAGCUGCUCCGACGCGUCUCCGCCUGGGAAUCAAAGGCUCUACCUGUCUCACGACGGCUUACGCAAUUCUCCUUUCAGUCCUUCAUUGGCCGCACCUACGCCGUUCCGCAUGGGUGUCGAACCUUAGCCGACGACGGAGCAGACUCCAACUUUAUCUCGGAAAAGUUCCUACGCCAGGUGAAAACCUUCCAGACCAUUCCCCUCGUCCAACCCGUCAUAUGCGAGGGCUACGAUGGCAAGGCUUCUGAGUCUAUCACCCAUCGUGUGGAAUUCUUCCUCAAAAUGGACACUCACGUCGAGCGCUCUAUGGCUUACGUGGUAAACACCUGUGGGUCAUUCGAUUUAGUCCUUGGGUUCAAAUGGCGUCAACUCCACCAGCCCAAGUUAGACUACCGCGAGGGUACGAUUGCGUUCCCAGAUGAGUACUGUAGGCUCAAUUGCUGGCUUCAGGACUCUUCCCCACUAGUCGUUUGCAAAGGCAGGGAGAAGGACUGUGACCAGCUCUCUCCACGCCCUCACGCGGACCACGAUUCAGAAGCACGAACUCCUGCCGACGUCCACCCUGGUGGUACCGCCGGACGGAAUACGGAUUCUCGCAGUCUGGAAGCCGAGUUCCAGGACAAAGAUAUUCCACAACUGCCCCGGGAUCCCAAACGCAACAAGGCCCCCCCGGACAAGACUAAGGCGACACCUGGGGGUUCACCUCAUGACCCGCUAAAGGUUGAGAUCAAAAGGGUUUCACUUCAGGCUAUACGCCGUAUGGCUAGGAAAUAUCGAACAGACCCAUGCCUCAUGACCCUCCAGCAGGGCAAAGCCCCGCGGCUCCGACGCGCGGCAGUCGACGAGGACUUCGCCAAGUUCAUGGACAAGCCUCCCGAUGUCACGCUUGAAGACAUUCUCACGCCAGAACUAUUUCAGGAAUACUCUGAUUUCAUCCCCGUCUUCGACAAGGCGGCCGCCAAGACAGAUGAUGUUAUAACGCCUGAACAACGCAGUGUGUUACGAACGGCUUUCUCAAACGACCCAGAGGAAGAGGACGUCGAGUUGCCUUCACCCGAGGGUGUUGUGGACCCGUCCCUUCCGCCCUAUGACGAGGAUCCGCGGUCCACGGAGGAACUCCUGAACGCUGCGUAUGCAAGCGACGAAAUGGCUACCCGCGCUUUUUCAGCCAUUGAUUCCCACGAGGUCAAGUUGUCUAAAUGGUUUCAUAAGCACGGGUUCUAUUUUAGUGCAGCCGACUUGUCCUUAGUAGGAGACGGAGCAAGCCGUCGUUUGUUCAUCGAUAAGACCCGGCUCUAUAUCCCCGCGGAUGCACGCCUCCAACGACGGAUCUUUGAUCUGUGCCACGACCACGAAAUUGCCGGUCAUAAGGGUCCGCGUUCUACUCUCUACCUUAUGUACGACCGCUACUACUGGCCUAAAAUGAACCAGUCUAUAGCCAAAUAUUGCGACGCUUGCGGUAUCUGCCGCCGCACCAAGUCCCCACGGGACGGCAAACACGGUUACCUGCGACCGCUGCCACUUCCUCACCAGCGUUGGUCAGAUGUGACCGUGGAUUUCAUCCAGGACCUUCCCCCCUCGCGCCUGGACGGCAGGGAAUAUCGAAAUAUUUUGGUCAUUGUGGAUCGUCUUACCAAGAGGCGCCACUUCUAUCCAACCCACGGGCGAACCGCGGUCGAAGCUGCCCGAUGCUUCAUGGACGUCUUUAAGCACCACGGGCUUCCCCUUAGUAUUGUUUCCGAUCGAGAAACAUAUCUCCGCCAGUUCAUCAACUACGCUCAGGACGAUUGGGCGUCCUGGCUACAUGUGGCAGAGUUUCAAGCCAAUGAUACGGUCAACUCCAGUACGGGUAUGACCCCGUUCUUUGCCGACCUUGGCUAUCAUCCCCGUAGCGGUAUCCAUCCUUCGGAAAACAUAGAAGCCAACUUGCCACGGCCAGCCCGCGAUCAGGCCAUACGCGCUCAGGAAAUGAUGGACUCGCAUUCGGAUUUGGUCACACAUCUGAAGGAGCAGCUCCGAUGGGCCCAGCAGGAGCAGAGCGCUCAGGCUAAUUCCAAACGCCAUGCGGUUCCCCUUUACAGCGUUGGAAAUGAGGUCUGGAUUUCUACUGUCAACUGGUCUACCCCUCGACAAUCGAAGAAGCUCACGGAUCGUUGGGCAGGGCCGUAUGUCGUCAAAAGAAUCAUUCACGACGGCCGCGCUUACGAGCUGGAUCUUCCCGAAGAGAUGAUUCGGAAUGGUACAUUCCCCAUCUUCCACCCGAAGCUUCUACGGCCUGCGGCUACCGACGCCUUACCCGAUCAAGCUCCCGCUCGACCAGUGCCUGUGGAAGUGGUCAAUAGUAACGGCGAUGCCCAUACGGAGUGGUUGGUCGACGAAUUUGUGGACGUCGCCUCUCCAAAAGCUAGCAAAGUCAAAGGGCGCUGGGCUUACAAGAUCAAAUGGUCCGACUUUCCCAAGGCCACAUGGCAUGACGCCGCCGACUACCUCGACCAUUAUGAUGCCAAACUUUUUCACUGGAAACAUCCCGGUAAGCCUACGCCCCCUGGACUCCGCAUGCCUCCCGAUUGGACCCCUCUCCCUGAAGACGCCGGCGACUUUCAAGAUCAGUAUGCCAGCGGCGACGAGAACCUAGCGUGA